AUGGCAUUUGCACGCAGAUUAGCGAUUAUGCCUGGCGGCCUGGGCGGCCUUGGAUCAAGCAUUGGCAAAAGGCUGAGACAACAAGGCGCCCGUCUCGCCAUCCUCUACGCACCUUUCGAAGCUGCACGCCGCGAUGAGCUUCUCGAGUCCGGAUACGGCGCGAGCGGCAACCUGAGACGACAUCCACACCUAUGA